AGCAGUUUUUAUUACAUGAAUAUAAGCUCAAGUUCAAGAUAUCGCACCGUUGGACAUGCGGUCGCAGGACAAACUCGUAUAUGUCCUUUUCACGUUGAUGCUUUCAGUAUCGGUAUCGGCUGGAAGAAAAAAUAAAGGAAUAACAUACGCGCCAUGCAAAAAACUAUGCAAAAGGAUGUCUAUGAAAAACUGUGCAAAAAGCUGUAGAGUAAAGAAGGGAUAUACAGUUAAUGACAAAUGUUGGAAAUUGUGUCUACAAGAAGAUAUACAAGGAGACACUGUUGGACCUGUCUCUUGCCUCAAAAAGUGUCUAAUAAAGGCAGACUCAUGUCAAUGGACCGAGUGGGGUGAAUGGAAAUACAGCUCGUGUAUGCAAUCUGAUAUCCAGG